AAACCUCGUUUAGUUUGGUGUUUACGUUCUGAAGUUUGCAACUUUGAGAAGACAGAGUCCCCCGAAGCAAAUAAUUUUAUGUUAAACCUUUGCGGGGACUAGGGAACAAAUAAAGAUGAAGAUUGCAGUAGAACUAAUUUGACCAAACAGACGUGUCAAAACAACGUGCGUACUUAUCCAUCAAUCCAGGGGGGUGCUUCUGAUCUUAGCCGUCCUCUAUAAAACUCAGGUAUCGGGAAGUGAAGCGCAUAUUUCGUUUUCUCAAUGCAAAAAAGCACACAUCUUUAUACACAAAGCUUGUAAAUUUUAAGCUAAAAAAUCAAUGAAGCUUGGCGUUUGGGAUUUGGGUAAUUGCCACUAUGCAUAUCAGGGUUGUUGUUAGCCCCAUUCAAUCUCCCAUUUUCCAUUUUCCACAGAGAUAAAGAAAAAGCGGGAGGGACAAGAAAUGAGGGAAGAUGAUCGUGGCCCAGAAAAUUCAGGGUCGAAGCAAUCAGGGCCGCACGAUUGGCUGACCAACUUCCACCGUGAUCUGAUGGCCGGGGCGGUGAUGGGUGGGGUGGUGCACACGAUUGUGGCUCCGAUAGAGAGAGCCAAGCUGUUGCUGCAGACCCAAGAGAGCAAUAUGGCCAUUCUUGGGGGAGGAAGGACCAAAUUCAAGGGCAUGUUGGAUUGUAUAGCCCGUACGGUUAGAGAAGAAGGCAUCUUGUCUUUGUGGAGAGGCAAUGGCAGCAGUGUUCUUCGUUAUUACCCUUCUGUAGCUCUCAAUUUUUCCCUCAAGGAUCUUUAUAGAAACAUGUUAAGGAGUGGAAGCUUAGAUGGUCAUUUUUUGUCUGGUGCACCUGCCAAUUUCAUUGCUGGGGCUGCUGCUGGUUGUACAACAUUGAUUAUAAUAUACCCCCUUGAUAUUGCACAUACCCGCCUUGCUGCUGACAUUGGAAGAAAUGAAGCCCGUCAAUUUCGAGGGAUCUACCAUUUCCUGGUUACCAUUCGCCAGAAGGAUGGGACUCGAGGCAUUUACAGAGGUCUUCCUGCCUCGCUACAGGGGAUGGUCGUUCACCGAGGACUUUAUUUUGGAGGCUUUGAUACAAUGAAAGAGAUCUUAUCAGGAAAUUCGAAGAAACAUGAGCUGGAGUUGCCAAUGUGGAAACGUUGGGUAGUGGCUCAGGCAGUCACGACCUCUGCUGGAUUGCUGUCAUAUCCACUGGAUACAGUUCGGAGGAGGAUGAUGAUGCAGUCUGGCUUGGAACAGCAGAUGUACAGCGGUACUCUGGACUGCUGGAAGAAGAUUUAUAGGAAAGAAGGGGUAGUUUCAUUUUAUCGUGGUGCAGUUUCUAACAUGGUUAGGAGUACUGGCGCAGCUGCAAUCUUGGUUUUAUACGACGAGGUCAAGAAGUUGAUGCAUUGGGGCAGAUUAUAACACGAAUAUCGUUGUGAUCUCUUCCCUGUCGCUUCAGCCAGCUUAAGAGAAGGAUUAGAGUUAUAGAGUAGUGGAUACUAGAAUGAAGCAAUGGGAUUUACACAGCAGAAAAAUCUUGUAAAAAGCAGAUGAGUUUUGAUGGUGUAGUUUCGUAACAUGCUGUGGGUGACAUUCUUUUUGCCGCCUUGCUUUUCGAGGCUCCGGCAAUAUUUACUCACUGAUUUUUACGUCAUGAAAUUAAAAUUUGACUUGGAAACCGUCAUUGGUAAUUUAAUUUUUAUGGAACCGUUCGUUUUUUCUUAGUUGGGAAGGAACAACAGGGAUGAGCUCUUUCACAAACAAGAGGAUGUGAUUAUUUUAUUAUCAGAUUAUAAAUAAAAUAGCUUUAGGCCCCGAGUUAGGGGGUGAAA